AUGAGUCUGGACGAGGACGCCCGCUGGCUGGAGUGGGUCACCAAACAGUUUGAGAGCAUCGCCGGAGACGACAAAGAGAUCGACAUCGACGAGUUUAAAACGGCUCUCAAGGUCAAAGAGACAGCGUGUCUAAACUUGUUGUAUUGUGUGUUUUGUCUGCAGUCGUUCUUUGCUGAGCGUUUCUUUGCGCUGUUCGACUCUGACGGCAGCAGCUCCAUCAGCCUGGACGAGCUGCUGAAAGCUCUGGACCUCCUGAUCCACGGCAGCGAGACGGACAAGCUCAAGUUCCUGUUCCAGGUCUACGAUGUGGACGGCAGCGGUUCUAUCGAUCCAGACGAGCUGCGAACAGUUCUGAAGUCGUGUCUGCGUGAGAGUGCCAUCUCUCUGCCGGAGGAGAAGCUGGACGACUUGACCCUGGCGCUGUUCGAGUCGGCCGACAAAGACAACAGCGGCUCCAUCACCUUCGAGGAGCUCAAAGCCGAGCUGGAGAACUUCCCCGAGGUGAUGGAGAACCUCACCAUCAGUGCAGCUAACUGGCUGAAGCCUCCUGAUGUGGAUCAGGGGAAGCAUCAUGCUCCUCGCUACCUGACCAGAGCCUACUGGCUCAACAACAGCAGGAAGCUGUUCUUCCUUUGUCUCUACGCCAUCCUCAGCCUGCUCCUCUUCAUCAUCGCCAUGCAGCAGCACAGGCAGGGCGGCGUCUGCUUCAUGGUGGCCAAGGGCUGUGGACAGUGUCUCAACUUCAACUGCACCUUCGUCAUGGUGUUGAUGCUGCGUCGCUUCCUGACGUGGUUGCGGGCGACGUGGGUGUCGAGGUUCUUUCCUCUGGACCAGAGCAUCCUGCUGCAUCAGAUUGUGGGCUACGCCAUCCUCUGCUACACGCUGGUGCACACCACCGCGCACAUCUUCAACUUCGUGCAGCUGUCAGAGAGCGGCGAGUACCGGCUGUGGGAGUACCUGCUGACCACGCGUCCGGGGAUCGGCUGGGUGAAGGGGACGGCGUCGCUGACCGGGGUCGUCCUGCAGGUGGUCAUCUGCCUCAUGGUGCUCUGCUCCAGCACCUUCGUACGACGCAGCGGACACUUUGAGGUGUUUUACUGGUCUCACCUGUCCUACAUCUGGGUCUGGUCUCUGCUGAUGGUUCACUGUGCCAACUUCUGGAAGUGGUUCAUGGCUCCUGGUUUGCUCUUCCUGCUGGAGAAGAUCGUAGGAAUCGCGGUGGCUCGUAUGGGAGGUCUUUACAUCGUGGAGGUCAACCUGCUGCCGUCCAAGGUGACUCACCUGGUGAUCAAACGUUCUCAGUUCUUCCAUUUCAAACCUGGAGAUUACGUCUACAUCAACAUCCCGGUGAUCGCCAAGUACGAGUGGCACCCGUUCACCAUCAGCAGCGCUCCUGAGCAGUCAGGCAGUCUGUGGCUUCACAUCCGCUCCAUGGGUCAGUGGACCAACCGUCUGUACGAGUACUUCAGGCAGCCAGAGAGCGAGACGCUCAGCCCCAAGAGACUGACCACCAGCCUGAGGAACCGCCGCCAGCUGGGGAAGGCCCAGGAGGAGUUGUUCAGCUCUACAAACUGUAAUGGAGCCGUAGCUUCUAAUGAGGACGACGCCAUCGAGCUGAUGAUGUACCGUCAGAACGGCUCCCGGUGCGAUGUGGUCUUGGCUCCCGCCCCGGCCCCACCGUCGUCUGGACCUCAUAGCCCAGCGGAGCCUAUUCCAGACGGGCUGGAGCCAGCGGAGCGAGGCGAGGCUCCUCCACUCAGAGAGGUUUCUGCCAAGUUUGGUGAGAAUCACAGGUUCUGCAACAUCAAGUGUUAUGUAGACGGACCGUAUGGGACUCCUACGAGACAGAUCUUUGCCUCUGAGCAUGCCGUCCUGAUCGGGGCCGGUAUCGGCAUCACACCAUUCGCCUCCAUCCUGCAAAGCAUCAUGUACCGAUACCGCAUGAGGAAGCAGAACUGUCCCAGCUGUAACUACUCCUGGUGUGAAAAUAUUAAAGACAGCGAGAUGAAGUUACGCAAAGUCGACUUCAUCUGGAUCAACAGAGACCAGAAGUCCUUUGAAUGGUUUGUUAGUUUACUGACUAAACUGGAGAUGGACCAGGCUGAUGAGGAGCCAGAAGGACGCUUCCUGGAGAUGCACAUGUACAUGACGUCAGCGCUCAGUAAGAACGACAUGAAGGCCAUCGGCCUGCAGAUGGCACUGGACCUGCUGGCCAAGAAGGAGAAGAGAGACUCCAUCACCGGACUGAGGACCAGAACCCAACCUGGACGCCCUGAGUGGGGGAAGGUGUUCCAGAAGGUGUCGGAGGAGAAUAAAGGGAAAGUCCACGUGUUUUACUGCGGCUCUCCUGCUCUGGCUAAAGUCAUCAAAGCUCAGUGUGAACGCUUCGGCUUCCACUUCUACAAGGAGAACUUCUGAGGAGGUCACCUGCUGUGUGUGUGAGUGUGUGUGUGCGUGUGUGUGUGUGUGUGUGUGUGUGUGUGUUUAUACCCUGUGUGUGUUUAUGUCUCCCAGCAGCUCCAUGACGACCGUCUGCGUUGUGUUUCCUGCCUGUUUGCUGGACAGUAAAGAAGAGCCAUACUGUAUGUGUGGACUGGUGUGGUUUUACAUAAAUAUAUAUAUAAAUAUAUAUAUAAAGUACCUGCGUAGAUGUUGUGAUGACUCAUUUAUGUCUGAAUGUAGAGAAUUAAUCAGGUAAUAAAUGAUGAUUAAUGAA